AUGUCGGAUGCUUUUAAACGGAGGCGGUCUUCGGCAGAUGAAGACUCCGAGGGGACGGAGGAUGCAGAGAGAGAAGCAAAAAAGGCCAAAACGACUCAAUCAGAUGAUACUCCUCCAAAAGAUCAACGCAGAACUCUUUUUGUUCGGUCUCUACCUGCCUCUGUCACCACCGAAAGAUUGACUGAGUUUUUUUCUCAAUCUCACCCUCUCAAACAUGCUACGGUGGUCCUUGAUCCUCACACAAGAACCUCGAAAGGCUAUGGAUUCGUCACUUUCGCAGACCCUGAGGAUGCUCAGGCAGCGACAGCAGAGCUCAAUAAUGCAGUCCUCGACGGUCGAAAAAUCAAGGUUGAGAUAGCAGAGCCACGACAUCGGGACAUUGCAGAGGAUGGCGGAAGAAGCAAGCCCUCGAGCAAGACUGCAGAUUUGAAGGCAGAACGAGAGAAGAAACGGGCUGAAUUCGCACCUCCAAAAUUGAUUGUGCGAAAUCUGCCAUGGAGCAUUAAGGAUUCAGAGGACUUGGCGGCUCUCUUCAGAAGCUACGGCAAGGUCAAACAUGCUGAUGUGCCUAAACGGAGUGCUAAAGUCCAAGCGGGGUUUGGUUUUGUAGUGCUACGAGGCAGGAAGAAUGCGGAGAAGGCUAUGGCAGAAGUCAACGGAAAAAUAGUAGAUGGAAGACCGCUGGCAGUUGACUGGGCUGUUGACAAACAAACAUGGGAGAAGUUGCAAACUGAGGAACAGCAUGGAGGUGGAGAAGGACCAGAGCUAUCACACGGCGAUACUAAUGGCGAUGAUACAGAGAACAACGCCUCUAGCAAGACUAACGAUUCUGAGACAAAGCCGGGAGGAGCUGGCUCCGAAGACGAGCCCACAAGCGAAGACAAAAUGAGUGGUGCUGGCGGGGCUGACCUUGAAGACGAAGAAUCAAGAGACGAUGAUUCAGAGGACGAAGAAGCUGAUGAAGCACCUUCCACCACUGUUUUCAUUCGAAAUCUGCCCUUCACUUCGACAGACGCAAUGCUUCGUGCCCAUUUCUCUCAAUUUGGCGCCGUCCGCUACGCACGAGUGGUAUUUGACCACGAGACAGAGCGCUCCAAAGGUACAGGGUUUGUGUGCUUCUUCAACGAAGAAGACGCCAGAUCCUGUGUCAAGGGUGCCCCCAAGCCUGCAGCCUCUCCGCCCGCAACCGCUGAUAAGAAGCGGAAAGGUGAAGCACUCACUCAUUCGCUUCUACAAAACGAGGCAACAGACCUCACUGGUCGCUACACAAUCGAAGGCCGUGUCCUACAAGUCUCGAAAGCGCUGAGCAAAUCCGAUGCAACACGGCGCGAGGCCGAUGGGUCAUCGAAGCGAGAACUGCGAGACCGGGAUAAACGACGUUUGUACUUGUUGUCUGAAGGCACUAUCCCGAAAGGUUCAAAGUUAUUCGAAAAGCUCGGCCCAACAGAGAUCAAUAUUCGAGAAGCAAGCACGAAGCAGCGGCAAAAGCUGAUGAGGAGCAAUCCGAGCCUGCAUAUGAGUUUGACAAGGUUAAGCGUUCGCAACAUUCCACGAAAAAUUACUAGCAGAGACCUGAAGGCUUUGGCUCGGGAAGCAGUAGUUGGUUUUGCAACUGAUGUCAAGAACGGUCAUCGCCAGCCACUUUCGAGGGAGGAGCUCAAGCGAGCUGCGGAUAGCAUGAAGGAGGCCGAUAGAUUGAGGAAGAAGCAAGGGAAGGGAAUCGUGAAGCAGGCCAAGAUUGUGUACGAAGGUAAAGAGGGGAUGAAGGUAGAUGAAAAGAGUGGUGCUGGAAGAAGCAGAGGUUAUGGCUUCAUUGAGUAUGUGUCUCAUCGAGCAGCGUUGAUGGGCCUGAGGUGGCUGAAUGGCCAUGCUGUGAAAGCUGGUGAUGCGGAGAGGAGCAAAAGGCUUAUAGUGGAGUUCGCAAUCGAAAAUGCGCAAGUGGUGUCGAGGAGGACCGAUAGGGAAGCGAGGAUGAGGGUUGACGGCCCGAAGAGGAGAAUUGCAAAGGCUCAACCUGCGAAGUCACAGGACAAGAUAACAGGAAAGAAGAGGAAACGGGAAGAUACUCCGGAGAAGUCGAAAAGGCCGAAACAGGAGACACGAAAGUCACCUAUCACUACAGAGGAAAAGAACAGCAUCGCAAGAAGGAACCGCAUCAUAGCGAAGAAGCGCCACAUGCGCAAGUCUCGGAAAGCAUGA